CAAUACGUCAUCAUCCUACGACACGUUCCUGUUUUACAUAUCCUGCGUCAUUUCCUGCGUCCGUCGCUGUAUGAGGUCUUGCGGUCUUUUCGGUUAUUUAGUAAAUAUAAGCAAGGUACAGAAUAAAACAUGGGAAAAUCAUCAGGAUCAGAUAAGACCGAUUGAAACAGACCCUAUAAUCACAGAGGUCUGAGGUGGAGACUGAAGAUGAUCUGAUGGACAGCCGCUUUUUGCUGACCUUCAUCUUCUGUUCAGUCUUGUGGGUUUUCUUCUGGGAGCUGCGCUGGAAGAAAGGCAAGGAAAGUCAACUUGAAGAAUGGCUUCAGAGGCACAGCCUUUCCGAAUACAAGUAUCUGUUUGAAGAUGUUCAAACUCUGGAGGAGCUGAGUUUGACGGUGCUGUCUCGACUAGAGGAGGUGGUAAAGGAGGAGCGUCGCUGGAGGGAGAUCACUGAGGCAUAUCUGCAGCUGCUUAAAGAUUUUGCCUUUCAAGAGUGGCUUUGUUCCCAGAGCUUGGAGCACUACUAUCACACUCUGAAGACCCUCGGCUGCAGUAACCUGGAUGAUCUAGCGCAGUUUGACAGCCAGCUUCAGCUCUCUCUGGCAGCUUGGGGAUAUUACUACGAAGAUUACAUCAAACUGUCUACAGGUGUUAGAGUUCUUAAGGCAUCCAAGGAAAGUAGAGAUCAGGACUACGAAAUUCAACUGGUGCACAGUCUUGCUGAAAGGCGACUGAAUGAGAAGUGGUCUUUUGCGGGAGCUCUGAUAUUUGGCUGUACCAUCGCUCUGUGCUUUCUGAUAAGGGACCUCAUGUUUUACGUGAUUGGUGGAAUUACUGUUUCCAUCAUCGCAUUCGUCUUCACUAUUAAGUUCCUGUGUGAGCUUGCUGCUCGUGUGGUCAGCUUCUUACAGAAUGACGAUCCUGCCCGACAUGGGGACCGUAGUAUCUAUGACUAUGUGCGGGGUAACUAUCUGGACCCACGCUCAUGCAAGGUCACCUGGGAUUGGAAGGAACCACAGGAAGUGGGUCAAACCAUGAGUUUCCGAGUACAGCUUUUUUACAAAAAUGGCCAGCCGUUUCCAGCACACAGGCCUGUGGGAUUGAGAGUAAACAUCACUCAUAUAGAGCUGGCUUUAGAAGUCCCUGUAACGCAGGAGGUUCUCCAGGAGCCAGAGUCCAAUGUAGUUAAAGUGGCCUUCACUGUGCGUAAGGCUGGGCGCUAUGAGAUAGCUGUCAAGCUUGGAGGCUUGAACGUGGCCUACAGUCCUUACUACAAGAUCUUUCAACCAGGUACGGUGGUGCCAUCUAAAACAAAGAUCGCGUAUCAUUUUUCCACACUGGUGCUGACCUAUGGCCAACAACAUACGCUGCAAAUAGAGCCACGUGAUGAAUACGGCAACCCCACCAGUAACACAGUCUCACUCGUGGAUGAAGUCAAUUACAGUGUGCACGUCCACUCGCUGGGUACAGUAGAAGAGGAGAGCUCGGAGGAUUACUACAAUACAUCUGUAUCAUUAAAUAAACAACAAUGUCAGGUUCUGAUGAAGUUAACUUUCAAAAAGAAAGGCUGCUUUAGAGCGUGUAUCACAUAUAAGGACCAGCCACUUAACAAUGGGGAGUUUGACAUCAUUGUACUCAGUGAAAAUGAGAAGAACUGCGUGGAGAAAAAUGUGUCUACACCAGGUAUAAGCAUCUACUUCGAGGCCUACCUCUAUAACAUGGGCAACUACAGUAGUUGUCCUCUGCAGUUUCCGGCAUCUUCUCAGUUGACCCUGCAGAGACGGCCCUCUAUGGGUGAUGAUGAAGAGGAACAUGACUCCCCAGUAGAGGGUCAGUCAGAGAAGAUCAAGAAACCAAAAAAAGUUUACUGCUAUAUAUCACCAAAGCAAUUCUCUGUGAAGGAGUUUUACCUGAAAAUUAUUCCCUGGCGCCUUUUCACUUUUCGCGUGUGUCCUGGAACAAAGUUCACAUACCAUGGGCCGGACCCUGUUCACAGGUACUUGACACUUGUAGUGGAUGAUGGGAUUCAGCCUCCAGUAGAGCUCAGUUGUAAGGAAAGGAAUAUCAUGGCGGCCACCUUCAUCCGUUUUCUCCACAAAAACAUCGGAGGAUCAGAGACUUUUCAGGACAAGGUGAACUUCUUUCAUCGAGAGCUGAGACACCUUCACUCCAAACGACCUCGCACGAAAACCUGCCUAAAAGUCAGCCGUCACUCCCUCCUCGAGUCGUCUUUAAAGGCCACAAGAAACUUUUCAGUGUCUGACUGGAGUAAGAACUUUGAAGUUGUUUUCCAGGAUGAAGAGGCUUUGGACUGGGGAGGGCCAAGGCGCGAGUGGUUUGAGCUCAUCUGUAAAGCUUUGUUUGACACAAAUAACCAGCUCUUUGAACGCUUUAGUGACAACAACCAGGGUUUGGUCCAUCCAAACGCUGAUCGUUCCCCUCAUCUGAGAGUGAAGAUGUAUGAGUUUGCGGGUCGAGUGGUGGGAAAGUGUUUAUACGAAUCAGCUUUAGGCGGAGCCUACAACCAGUUAGUUCGAGCCCGGUUCACCCGAUCCUUCCUGGCUCAGAUUAUUGGUUUGCGGAUGAACUACAAGUACUUUGAAACAGACGAUGAGGAAUUUUACAAAACAAAGGUCUGCUUUAUCCUGAACAAUGAUGUCAGUGAAAUGGACUUGGUCUUUGCCGAGGAGAAAUACAGCAAGUCAGGGCAGCUAGAAAAGGUGGUGGAGUUGAUAUCUGGUGGUGCUCAGAUUGCUGUGACCAAUGAGAAUAAAAUUCACUACUUGAACCUGCUGGCCCAGUACAGACUAGCCAGUCAAGUACGAGAUGAAGUAGAGCACUUCCUCAAAGGUCUGAAUGAACUCGUACCUGAAAACCUUCUGGCUAUAUUUGAUGAGAAUGAACUGGAGUUGUUGAUGUGUGGUACAGGAGACAUUAAUGUGCAGGACUUUAAAGCUCAUGCUGUCAUUGUUGGAGGGUCAUGGCACUUCAGAGAAAAAGUAAUGAAGUGGUUUUGGGCAGUCGUGUCUUCCUUCACACAAGAAGAGUUGGCACGUUUGUUGCAGUUCACUACUGGAUCCUCACAGCUGCCACCCGGUGGAUUCAACACACUUUGCCCAUCCUUCCAGAUCAUAGCAGCACCAACACACAGUACUCUGCCUACUGCACAUACCUGUUUUAACCAGCUGUGCCUCCCAACAUACGACUCCUACGAGGAGCUUCACAAGCUGCUGAAGUUGGCUAUAAGCGAGGGAAGCGAAGGAUUCGGGAUGCUCUGAACAUCUGACCACACUUUAUCUCAUCUUUAAAAUGAGGACUUUUAUCACAAAAUGCCUCUGGAAGGAUUCAAGAGUUGUGUACAUAAUGUAUGUGCUCUAAAAAAAUGAAGAAAAGUCUUAUUUGUUUUUAAUUUCAAUUGCCUUUCUUUCUAUACAUGGCCUAACAAGAUGCUUGUUUUGCAUUUGACAUAAAUGGUUGGAUUUUUUAUGAAACAUAUUAGUUUGUAAAAUGUUAAUGACUCUGAAAUGUGAACGAUGUGAAACCUUCGGCCUUAACUGAUCAGGGAAGGUUGUGUAUAUAACAGAAUAUUUAUUUUUAUUUCAAGGUUUUCUUUAUACCUCAAAUACAUCAUUUCCUGCAACUCUUUAUUUGAGGGACUUUAAAGACAUUAUCACUUACAGAUGUUUUUCUCAGAGAUGUUGAUAUUGUUUUAGGGACGGCAUUUCAAAAUCACUUAUGCAGGAUGAUAUAUGGCCUGUUAUUUUCUCAUUGAGCCACAAAUUUGAACAUUUGUAAAAACAUAUCUAAAAAAUCUGUAGUAAGGUUCAUUAAAAAACCACAAUAUUUUAAAUCAUGUGUUUAUCAAGAACCUAUCGCAAAACUUGCUACUCUGGUACUCUUUCAUCUUUUAUGUACUACUGCUAUUUUGCUACAUCUAUGCAGCAUUUCAACUAGAUAACGUAUAACACAGGAUUUUGCUUGGUUUAUAUAUAAAUAUUGUUGUGUUUAGGUAUUUGGUUUGGUUUAAGCUACAUUAAACUAUUUUGAUGAUCUCCUAAAAUGUUUAGCGUAAAGCUGAUGGUAGUACAGAAUGAAAGAUGAGUGAAUAAAGAUAAAGGGAAACAUUUGGUAAGAAGUUUUCUACAAAGUCUAUAGCAAUACUGUGAGAGGUCGCAUUUAAAUCUGAAGUGUAAUUUUGUGACCAAUACAAACUGUUUGCAGGGACAAAAUGUAAUGCUGAAGCAUCGACUACCCUAAAGUGACACUGUGCUCUUGUUUUGUGUUGCUUUUUCUUUUUAUGUAUAUAAUGUAACAUACUGUAAAUGAGUUUGAAUUGAAAUCUUUUAAUUUUUCAUUUCCAUGAAGUUAGCCUUUGAGGUUUCAGACUGAACAUUUGUGUGCAGAUGGCUAAUUUAUGAGUUAUUUAUGCCACAAAAAAUACAAAUAAAUGAACAGAAAAGCUCA